AAAUCCCUGUGUUCCCUGGGGGGGGCCCCACUUGUGGCUCCCAACAGCCCCACAUCUCAACCGUUCCCCUAUGGGGACCCCCAGGGCGCCCUGUUGUCCCCUGAGUGCCACCGCGAGGGCUGCAGUGGUGUCUGAGCCUCUCUGUCCCCACAAUGGGGUCCCCAUGGUUCCUGAGCACCCCCUCAACCCCCCCAACCUCAAAUAUGUCCGUCUAUGGGGGGUCCUGGUGGUCCCUCAGUCCCCCAUGUCCCCAGGGGUGUCCCUAUAUGGAUGUCCCUACAGUUCCAUGAGCCCCCCAUACCCUAACCCUUACCCCAAACCCCCUAACCUUAACCCCAUGUCCCCAGGGGUGUCCCCAUAAGAGGUCCCUAUAACUCCAUGAGCCCCCCAUGUCCCCAGAGGUGCCCUGACGGGGGGUUCCCCGCAAUCCCUGUUGCCCCCCACCCCCCAAAAAGGGGGUCCUCACCCUCUGCCCCUUCCCCACAGGCCGGUCCUCGGCUGGAGGGGCUGCGGGGCCGCGCUCCGGGCUGCACGUGGGAUUCGCUGCGUAACUCCGCGGGCGAAAAGAUCGUGCAGCUGAGGAGCCACCCGUUGGCACCCAUGGGUGCUGGCGCCUGCGCGCUGCUGCAGGAGCUGUCAGAGGAGCAGAGCUUCGCCAUCAGCUACCUCGACAUCGAUGCGCUCAGUCUCAGCGGGCUGCACCAAUGCCUGGUCGAGUUGUCCACGCAGCCGGCCACCGUCUGCCACGGCGCCGCCUCCUCCCGCGACGGCGCCCGCUCCCACGCCGCCCGCAACGCCCUGCAGUACCUCCGCAUCAUGGCGGGGGGUAAAUGA